AAUGACAUUUAAAAUGACGUUCCACCUUACGAAUUCCUGAGGGUAAUCCGCUUCCCUUAACAGGUAAACCCAACCCCACUCUGACACGAACAAUGCCUAAAUCCUGUAAAUCAGACUUAAUCUACCAUUCCUUCAAUUAAGUUAUAUCUGAAGGAUUUGUGAAAUGAAACUGUUCGAUAUUUCGCAAGUGACGAGGGUCAUUGCUCGGGAGGGAUCUUGGAGACGGAGGGUUAACCCAAGGCAAAUCUUGGCCUGGUGACACCUGGAAUAGGAUACAAAAGGGAGCGAUUCAUCUAGAAGCAAUAUGGCCUCGAGAAAAUCCAGAAAGAAAAGCAUAGUUACAAGCGUCAGUGUUAAAGAAAAUGAGAAUUCUUUCCAAAACUGUUUAGAGCACACAGGAAAUAAACUAUAUUUUUUCUGCCGCCCUUGUGCGAUUCCAAUAUGUCACAAAUGCGCAAGCGAAACACACUUGAGUCACGAUGCAGAAAACGUUUUAGAAAAUUUACAAUCCAUGCGGGACCUCGUGACCUCUGACACGUCACGCUUGGAAUCUCUCAUUCAACCAGAGUAUAAAAAGAUAGAGACUCAGAUUCAGACGAACGUUUUAAAGUUGACCAGUGGUUACGAGAAUGUCAAAAAACAGAUCGUCACAAACGGCGAGAUUUGGCACAAGGCAGUGGAGAGCGCCGUGAAGAAAUGUUUGGAGAGGGUGGAAACGAUGGAAAAGGAAGACUUUUCCAAUCUCCGGGAGCAGCGAAAACUCAUAUCUAGUCUGAUAACGGAAAUUCAAUCGCUGAUUGACUACAAUAAAAAAAUAUUGAACGAAAACGAUGUUUCUGAAAUCAAUAAAUUCAAAGCAAAGAGUGAGGAAUUUUCAAGGAUUCCCACAAUAACAAGUAUCAUUGCACCAGUGUUCAAGAACAGUGAUGUAGAAAAGGAACAACUUCCCGAGCGAUUCGGUGCUCUUAAAGCAUCCGUUCUGAAGAAGUCUCGAGAUUUCGUCAUCAAUGUUACGUCAGCAGAGCCCCCUUCAAAAAGGGACACACUACAAGACAAACCAGUUGUUCUACGCAAAGUGGAGACAAAGUUCGAGAAGUGCUGGAGUGUACAGUGCAUUCAAGACCAGAACGUGUGGAUAAGUGGAGAUGUGGAAACUGUAGCUAAGGUUGAUGUUCAUGGCAAUAUGAUUGAAAAAGUGUCCACUCGAUCAAAGCAAGCUCCGUUCGAUCUGUCUAUUACUUCCAAGGGAGAACUACUUUACACUGAUUACGGAGACAGAAGUGUUAACAUAAUGAAAAAGGGGAAAUUCGAACCAUUUCUGAAACUUCAGGGAUGGAAUCCACUUGGGUUAUGUGCGACAGAUUCUGGAGAAGUUUUACUGUGUAUGGACAAUCGGAACGACUCGUCAAAACAAAAAUCUCAACAGGUGAAGGUCGUUCGUUAUGUUCACAGUUCUCCCACGCAAGAGAUUCAGUAUGACGACGGAGGGUGUCCACUCUACGUUUCUGGCGAUUUUGAUGUUUACAUCACCGUAAACAGUAAUCAGGAUGUGUGUGUAUCAGACCGUAACGCCAAAGCAGUCGUGUCAACCAGCCAAUCAGGUCGGUUCCGUUGGCGUUACUUUGGAAAUGUCCCUACGCGCAAAUGUCCGUAUUUCGAUCCACGAAGCAUUUUAACUGACAGAAGUUGCAGAAUCCUGGUAUCGGACGCCGAUAGCAACUUGGUUCAUCUCCUUGACGACAGAGGUCACUUGUUGUGUUUGAUUGGUCGAGGAUUUCUGGAGAAACCUGUUGGUAUUAGUUUGGACUCCGAGGGAAACUUGUAUGUUGUCGAAUACCAUACAGCGAAGUUGAAAGUCAUUAAAUACAUCAAAUAGAAU